GUAACAUUAUGGGCAUUUAGGUUAAAACAUGUGCUUAUACUGUGAGUCUAAUUAUUGACCUUUCGGUUGUUGUCUGGAAGCUAUAAAUGAAAGGUGUGUCAGCUGACCACUGCAUGUCUUAAGAUAGAGUGUGGUCACUGAGCGGAGGUCAAACUAACAUCACAAACUGUAGUUCAAAGUGUAUUCAUAUUGUAGAGGAGAGGACUUAUGAUAGAUAGGUGGAGAUCAUAUCAUUUCUAAAAUACAUCUAGAGCAUUUGUCAUCCAUUUAGUUCAAGGAAUAGUCAACUUUGGUACUUGUGGUUGGGUGUUCACACCAAGCAAUGUGUGACAUAAAGAAGUGUUCUCUCCCUGACACGCCAGCAGAAGAUAAAUGAUCCCCCUGAUAAUAAUAGUUCUGGUGGACACAUCAGAGCUGUUUUCUUCAACAUACACAAUACUGCAGGAAAAGUAUUCCCACAUGCAACAAGUAAACAACAGAAGGUUAUGCAUAGAAACAGAGACACACUCACUGUGGUCUAAGAACAGUAAGCCUGUCCACACCACCAUCCUGAACCGCCACAUCCACCUGGUCGGGGAGGAAGCUGCUUGCAUCGCGUACAUCCGUAUCACACAGUAUAUCAACACCAACAGCAUACUGCGCACCGCCCAGUCUGAGGAGACACACAUCUGGCAUCGCCGUGACGGCAAGUGGCAGAUAGUCCACUUCCACCGCUCUGGAUCACCCUCCGCCAUCACCAACUGAACUCCAGAGCAGGAGGGUUUGAGUGAGACGUCUCUCUGAGUGAAACCGGUGGGUGACCAGCCGGCUGCGUGGGGACACAGAGGGAUGCCCACCGACCAAUCUGAGGACGAACAAGCUUACCCUCCCACCCGGCCUCCCACAUCUCAACUCUUUACUUGAAAUCAGUUUACGCCUCCUCUCAACUCUGUAAGAAGCAAAUCGCAUUAAUGUCCAACCCCGCCCCCUCGACCAAAAAACACCACAGCACCACCCCUAAUCAUCUUCCCAUCCCCUAAAGCACUUGCAGUAAUGGACACCUCCAGUUUUCUUACACUUUAGCAUUAAAUUCAGUUAGGAUUACAGUACACUACACCGCUGCACACAGCCAUACUGUUUAUUCUCUGAACUCGGACAUGAAAGCUAUGAUUGAAACAUUAAAGAUGUACCGUGUAUCGUUGAAGGGGAAUUAUAAGGCCAAAAUAUCUAUAUGUUUGUUAACUUGAAACACAUUGGAUCAUGAGAUGUGGGCAAGCAUUUACAAAGCGUGAAAUGUUCUUUUUGAUUCUGAACGUCUCAUGGUGUAUUCCAGAUUGAUAAUCCACUACCACAUGAUCAUGGCGCCUCAAGAACACAAUUAACGUAGACAACAGAGGAAACCAUACUUUCCCCUCACAGGUUUAAAUUAUUAAAUGGCUGACCGUUGGUCUGAAUAGCCACUUACCUCAUGUGAUGAUAUAACUAGGGUAGCAAACUGCCAUUUCUGAGCUCAACACUGCUCCCUAAACAAUCCUCCCUCAACAAUUCUCCCUCAACACAUCUCCCUCAACACUUCUCCCUCAACAAUGCUCCCUCAACAAUGCAGUACAUUAAUAUUAAUAAUAACAUCAAGAGUCCAGUCAGAAAUAGCAAGUAAUCAAAGUAAUAGUAACAUAAAUAUGUACAUAAUAGAACAUAAUACUGGUUGUGGGAGGAGCAUCAAAGCACUUCUUUAGGUUCUUCCAAUCAGGACUGUGGGUAUUUACCAUAUAUCUUCCCCACUGUUUAGUGUUGUCAAUACAAUCCCCCUCUUGCUUGUUAGAGCAGUUUAACUUACUUGCAACAGACAGUGUAAACUACAGUAUUCUGCCUAUUUCAGAGUAAGAAGCUAUUUAUAACAGACCACUAACACUGCCCCAGGAUGUUCUGCAAUAAGUUAGAUUGGUGUUUUUACACUAAAUGGUGUGUUCUUCUUAUAAAGAUUUGUUGUGGAUUUAAAAAAUGACAAUGAAUUUGAGUGACUUUGUUUUAUUGAUGCGUCCCAUUCCCUCUAUGUCUUCACUCUCCAGUGUUAACAUCUCUGUUUAUUGCAUGCAAGUGUAUAAAUGAGCAGUGGAUCUCUCUGCUUGUGUUUCCAGUUCUCAUUAUGGUACUGUAUAGGAGGAGCACAGCAUUUUUAUUUAUUUAUGUAUUAUUUAUACAUUUAUAGGGGACAAUGCACAUUACUCAACAUCAAUAUAACAAUAAUGCAACAUCC